AUGACGACGGCCUUCCCCCAUCCUUACUAUCCUUUGGGCGUAGAGCUUCCUGGAUACCUGGCUAAUGAGAGCUCUGUUCUAUCACUUGUUGGUCGCUUCGCUGUUUGCUGGGUGACUGUCCUCGGCAUUGCCUUUCUUAUCAUAAACCGUGUUCGACCUUCAGCCAGCAGAUCAGAUCGUCUUGCCUUCCUGUGGUUUUGCCUGACUGCAUCGAUCCAUCUCUUCUUCGAGGCCUACUUCGUGCUCAAUCAUGCACAUGUUGCAGGCGCUCGUGAUCUUUUCGGCCAGCUAUGGAAAGAAUACUCCCUCGCCGACUCGCGCUGCUUGACCUCCGAUACGUUUCUCGUGUGCAUGGAAUUUGUAACAGCGUUCUGCUGGGGCCCUCUUGGAUUGCUCGUAGCGUACUGCAUUGCCGUUCAGCAUCCCGUGCGACAUGCCUUGCAGAUUAUCAUCUCUCUCGGCCAGAUUUACGGAGAUGUUCUUUACUACGCCACGAGCAUGUUUGAUCUGUACAACAAUGGUGUACACUUUUGUCGGCCGGAGAGGUACUACUUUUGGUUCUAUUACUUCUUUAUGAAUUUUAUCUGGAUUGUUAUUCCUUCGUUAAUACCAACCAACUCCACUAGUUUAUCUAAUUACAGUACAACUACAUACAUGCAACAACAACUACUACUGACCUAA